AUGAUUUUUGGAUGCAGGAAUUAUUGGGAUUGCCUUUUUCCGCGGAAAAUUUUGAGAUUUUAUAGAGAAUUAAGGAUUUUAGCAAUUGAAACAUCAUGUGAUGAUACAAGUGUGUGUUUACUUGAAGAUGAUAAGAAUCAGGGUUCUGUUAAAGUUAUAUAUCAUAAAACAGAGAGAUCAUUGAAUGAGAACGAAAAGUUUGGCGGAAUCCAUCCAGAAGUCUCAAUUAUAUCACAUCAAAAGAAAUUGUCUCGUAUUUUAAAACAAGUUUUUGAUGAACAUAUUCGUGGUCAACGGAAUAUAGAUUUAAUUGCAGCAACACAAGGUCCUGGGAUGGUUGGAUCUUUAUCAGUGGGUUUAAAUACGGCAAAAGGCUUAUCAGUAGCUUUGGGUGUCCCUUUGAUUGGGAUUCAUCAUAUGCAAGCACAUUCCCUUACUCCUCGGUUGAUUAAUAAUGGAAAAUUUCCAGAAUUUCCUUAUUUAAGUUUAUUACUUUCAGGUGGACAUACAUUAUUAAUAAGAUCACGAAGUGUUAUAGAUCAUGAUAUUUUGGCAUCUACUUUGGAUAUUUCAGUGGGAGAUAUGAUUGAUAAAUGUGCAAGACUUUUAAAAGUUGAUUGGAAUGGUAUGAUGCCUGGACAAGCUCUUGAAAAUUGGUCAAAAAGCUAUGAUACAUCAACUGAUACUGAUACUAUUUGGGAUUUGCCAGAUCUUCUUAUGAAAACUCCAGAAAAUCAAUCUAAGCUUGCCUUUUCUUUUUCGGGACUAGGUUCCUCUGUUGAUCGAAUUGUUAAAAAGUCUUCUUUUACUGAAUUUCAACUUAAAAGUUUAGCCAGAUCAUUACAAAUAUCUGCAUUCACUCAUAUUUCCCACCGUCUUCUUUUAGGAUUGAAAAAAAUUGAUGAUUACAUCACAGGAAUUGUGAUAAGUGGAGGUGUUGCUAGAAAUUCUUUUUUAAAAACUAUAUUAUAUACAACAUUAAAUAAUAGUCCUUAUAAACAUCUUCCACUCUUUUUUCCUCCUAUUGAAUUAUGUAGUGAUAAUUCUGCUAUGAUUGCAUGGACUGCUUAUGAAAUGUAUAGUCUUGGUUAUAUUUCAGAUCUUUCAAUACUUCCUAUUAGAAGAUGGCCAAUUAAUCAGUUAUUAGAACUAGGAAAGUAUAUAGUUUAUGAUAAAACUAGUAUAUUUAUUUGAAUAUAUGUUUCUUUAGUAUCGUUUUAAGAAUAUUAUAAAAACCAUUUUAAUUUAUUAAAAAACAAAGGUUAUUUUAGCCUUAAAAUCCUUUUCAUAUAUCCGGAUUCAACUAUGGUUGAUGAGACUUUAGAUAUUUCUUUACCUACUUUUGAUUUAAAUAGUUAUAUUAAUAAUUAUAAAG